AUACACUUGGCGCUCUCCCGUCCCUCGCCGACCUAUCCUAAUCAUCCCCAGCUGAGCUGAGCUCUGGGAUUUCUUUGCCGCUAAGAAUGACGACUUCCCCGGUCUCUUCACUAACUUCGAUUCCAGGUAAUGAGUCUGGAGUCCUCGAUCCGGAAACACAUCUGGGGAAAUUUUUAAAUCCAGACACAUUAAAAACUCUUCAAAGGGAAUUAGCUGCCACAAUGAUCCAAAGAGCCUGGUGGUCUUACCGGGAUCAAUCCUUGUUUCAGCUCUUAAAACAUACAAUUUGUGCAGCGGAGAACUGUGUGACCCAUGAAAUAUUGAAGAAAGUGAGUCCCUUGGAGGCCGACCUCGCCAAAGAUCCCAGCAUGCAGUGUAAGAUCAGAUUCAGAUUUGGCGGGGAGAGAUUUCCACCGUUCAUCGUGUUCAAAAUCUUCCGGCACCCAGGAGGCUGCGGAAGCAAGUACAUUAGUGGGAAGAAGACAUUCCGGCCAACGUGCGAGGCUAUGGUUGACGCUUGCAAACUGAUGGGGAACCGGAAAUAUUAUAAUCAAAUGAUUCAGGAUCAGCUUCAGUACCAGAAACACAAAAUCGCCGACGAAAUAGAUGUCGUGACUCUGAAAGAUUAUAUGCAAUACGCCAGUUACCUGGACGAGACGCCCGCGUACCUCGGGGGCAGGAACAACUGCUGGAGGAGGCUGUCGCUGGAGAACUUCCCCAGGGCGAUGAUCGUGUACGACAUCGUGAGCUACGCGCAGUCGGGGACCAUCUCCGGGCGCCUGCAAAGACAACUCAAGUUUCUGCUCCAGAGGCCAAGCGACGAGGAGAUGAAGAGACACCAGGCAGCCCUUGUGUCUCAAAUCAGGUGCUCUUCCCCUUCUUCAAGCCCCUCUUCCUCCCCCCGGUCCCGUCAAGGACCAGGACACCCCAGGCACUUGGGCCGCCGCUCCAGACAAGCCCGACAGAAGAUCGCGAAGAUGAAGGAAGCUUUUAGGCGGGACCAGGAGGGACGGCCAAAGCCUAUUCCCCAUCCAAAGGUUCCGACUGCCGAAGGCCAUCCCGUCGCCCCUCCGGCUUCAGGCGCCGAGGAGGGCCAGGUGGCCCCGUCAGAUGAAGACUGGGAACAAGAGGUUACGGAAUUGUACGCCUGGUCCCAGGAGCUGCGCCUCGAAGACACCACGACCCCAUAGCCCGUCGCGAAUCAGGACGAGAAUCGAUGGCCAUCGCCGCGCAUCAGAUGAGCGUUCAACAAGUAGCACGCGAACAAGGACGCUUAGUUUCCUCCCAACCCAACGCCAACGAGCGAUAAAACCGUCCCCACCCUCAUUCCGAAUGCCGCUGGACACAAACGCCCCGUCAGGAUUAAAAUCUGAACAAAUACUUCGGACCAGAACCCAGAACGAGCGUCUCAACCCUCAAGAUUGACGAGCGGCCUUUCACUCUGCUGUGCUCUUCUCUUAUUUUUCCCUAAAUAGCCGACCAACCGUUUGAAAAAGAGACUCGAACUCCAGUCAGCCACCGAGCCUCGUUUUUCGCCCCGGAUGUCGCCGUCUCCGUCCAGCUUGGGCCCGUUCUGAACGUCAUCGAGGGAAAUCAUAAAUAUCGCGUCGGGAGAGAAGGGCAUCUCAGCAAGGUAACGACUCCCCACGUUCGCUCUGCACCAACCGGGUGAUACGUCUCCUUGCCGCGUGGCAAAAAUGAAUGCGGACUGAGACGCUCAUUCUGGGUUCUGGUCCGAAGUAUUUGUUCAGAUUUUACGAUUUCCAGCUGGUAUUUUCAGCUCGACGUCAGCUACUUUGGGGAGAGGCAGAUCGCCAGGCAUCAGGCCCCGGUCACGGGAUCUUUUGUAACCGUUAUCGAUCGGGAAAUAGCAAAUAAAAUCAGGCGGGGUCAGCGA